AUUUAAUCAAUGACCGACUUCCACUAGUCUCAUUAAGUCGUGAAUAGUGAAAGCAACAUGAUUGUCUUAGCGAUAUUAGUGAUUUUGGUAGCGGCACUCUACAAGUAUGGUACCAGAAACCAUAACUAUUGGAAAGUUCGGGGCGUCAAACAUGAGCAGCCCUUACCUAUUUUUGGAACAGACGCGAGACGAUAUUUACUGCAACGAAGUAUUGCACAAAUGUCGGCAGAGACCUAUUGGAAAUAUCCCAACGAGCGUUUUGUGGGCUACUACCGCGGAAGCAUACCGGAAUUAGUCAUCCGCGAUCCAGAUCUUGUAAAACAAAUUAUCACAACUGACUUCUCGUACUUUUACUCCCGAGGGUUGUCUCCCGCGCACAAGGUCAUCGAGCCUCUCCUGCGCAACCUGUUCUUUGCGGACGGCGACUUGUGGCGGCUGCUGCGGCAGCGCAUGACGCCGGCGUUCACGAGCGGCAAGCUGAAGGCGAUGUUCCCGCUGAUCGUGGAGCGCGCCGAGCGGCUGCAGACGCGCGCGCUGGCCGCCGCCGCCGCCGGCCGCCCGCUGGACGCGCGCGACCUCAUGGCGCGCUACACCACCGACUUCAUCGGCGCCUGCGGCUUCGGCCUAGACGCGGACUCGCUUAACGACGAGGACUCCGAAUUUAGAAAACUCGGCAAGAAAAUUUUUGAUAUCACAUUAAAACGCACUAUCGUUGUGUUCUUUAAGACCAUUUUUCCUGACGUGUUUAAGAAUAUGAAAUUCCUUGGACAAGACUUGGAAGACGACAUAGUUGCACUGGUCAAGCAAAUUCAAAAGCAAAGGAAUUUUAAACCCUCGGGCCGUAAUGAUUUUAUUGACUUUUUAAUGGAAUGGCAACAAAGAGGUAAAAUAGUAGUUGAAUCUUUAGAGCAGACGAACCCGGAUGGAAGCCCAAAGCCUGUGGAGUUGGAAAUGGACGAUGUGCUAGUGGCAGCUCAGGCGUUUAUCUUCUUCGCAGCCGGCUUCGAGACGUCCUCGUCAGCGACCAGCUUUACCUUGCAUCAGCUUGCGUACCACCCGGAGGUGCAGAAAAAGGCGCAGGAUGACAUUGAUCGUGUUCUUAAGAAACACAAUAAUCGACUGAGCUAUGAAGCAAUCAAAGAGAUGACCUACCUAGACUGGGUCUUGCAGGAGGGGAUGCGGAUAUUCCCGUCGUCUGGAAUGCUACUGCGGCAGUGCGUGCGCCCCUACACGAUCCCAGGGACUGACAUUACCAUUGACAAGGGCGUCAAGAUUAACAUACCCCUUGUGGCGCUGCAUAACGACCCCCAAUACUUCGACAACCCUAAAGAGUUUCGACCGGAGAGGUUUUCGCCUGAGGAGGUCGGCAAGAGGCAUAAGUUCGUGUACCUUCCUUUUGGCGAUGGUCCUCGCUCAUGUAUUGGUGGUCGCCUAGGACAGAUGCAGUCGCUGGCAGGUCUGGCGGCAGUGCUGGCCAAGUUCACGCUGUCUCCGGCAGAGAACACUUUGCGCGAGCUGGUGUCGGACCCCAAGUCUAGCAUCGUGCAGAACAUCAUCGGCGGCAUUCCGCUCAUGUUCCACCCGCGAGCCGGCGUCGGCGCUGCCGAUAUCGAUUCUUGCCGUUCGCUUUAGACCGCCUCUAUGGAGUCUUAAUCUCCGACCGUAGGCAGCUUUAAGGAUUCGCCAGUUUUAAUGGCUCACUGACAUACGCGCUGAAUUAAGUAUGUAAAUAUUUAAAAAGUUAAUUCAGGUGACAUAUUGGACAACUUGUCCAAGAUCACGAUGGAGUUCGGCCAGUCUCCCAGUCAGUAAAGCGCAGGUCACCAGAUUUGCAAGUUUAUGAAAUGCAUUAGGAUAGUGCAAUUUCAUGUUUUACUAUAAUUUAGUUUUAUUUUAACUUAGCUGUGAUAUUACUAUAUUAGGUUUACUGAUCCACUGACUUUAUUGCAAUGCUUGUUUAUAUGUUUAAGCAGUUCAUAUUUAUAAUUAUUAAUACAAUAAUGUAAGUCAAUAAAAUUGAUUUAUUUAGAAA